CAUACUACUGACAAACCGGCGACGAGAUUGGGCCUGCGGUGCCUGCAACCUAGGAAAACAUGGAGCUCGAGAAUAUCGUGGCCAACACCGUCCUGUUGAAAGCAAGAGAAGGAGGUGGUGGAAACAGAAAAGGAAAAAGCAAGAAAUGGAAACAGAUGCUUCAGUUUCCCCACAUCAGCCUGUGUGAGGAGCUCCGGCAAACUACAGAGAAAGACUACAUCGGCCUUUGUGAGCGGCAGCCAAUCGGACGCACGCUCUUUCGGCAGUUCUGUGAAACCCGGGCUGAGCUGAGGCGCUGUGUCAAAUUCCUGGACGCUGUGGCAGAGUAUGAGGUCAGUCCAGAUGAGAAGAGGAGGGAGUGUGCUCAGGAGCUCCUAGACAGGUACUUCAGCCCAAAGUCAGAGGAUCACGUUCCUGAGUUGGGGGAGGACAUGGUGGGUCAGUUUACAGAGAGGCUGGAGCAGGAGCCCUGUAAAGAACUCUUCAACGAGUGCACCAAACUGAUCCAUGACUACCUGAGUGUGGCUCCCUUCGCAGACUACAUCGACAGCAUGUACUAUAACCGAUUCCUGCAGUGGAAGUGGCUGGAGAGGCAGCCAGUCACUAAGAACACAUUCCGACAGUACAGGGUAUUAGGGAAGGGAGGCUUCGGUGAGGUGUGUGCGUGCCAGGUGCGUGCCACAGGGAAGAUGUACGCGUGUAAGAAGUUGGAGAAGAAGAGGAUCAAGAAGAGGAAAGGAGAGUCCAUGGCCUUAAACGAGAAGCAGAUUCUAGAGAAAGUCAACAGUAGGUUUGUAGUGAGUCUAGCGUACGCGUAUGAGACGAAGGACGCUCUGUGUCUGGUGCUGACCCUGAUGAACGGAGGAGACCUCAAGUUCCACAUCUACCACAUGGGAGAGGCUGGCUUCGAGGAGAGGAGGGCUGUGUUCUACUCUGCAGAGCUGGCCUGUGGCCUGGAGGACCUGCAAAGAGAGAGGAUCGUCUACAGGGACCUGAAGCCUGAAAACAUACUAUUGGAUGACCAUGGUCAUAUCCGGAUAUCAGACCUGGGCUUGGCGGUCCACGUUCCCGAGGGAGAGACCAUCAAGGGUCGGGUGGGCACCGUAGGGUACAUGGCUCCAGAGGUGGUGAAGAAUGAGCGCUACACCUUCAGCCCCGACUGGUGGGCGCUGGGCUGUCUGCUGUAUGAGAUGAUCGAGGGCCAGUCUCCCUUCCAGCAGCGCAAGAAGAAGAUCAAACGCGAGGACGUAGAGAGGCUGGUCAGAGACGUGGAGGAGGAGUACUCAGACAAGUUCUCAGAGGACGCCAAGUCCCUCUGCAAAAUGCUGCUGGCCAAAGAGCCCAGUAAGAGGCUGGGCUGCCAGGGGGAGGGGGCUACGGAGGUGAAGGCCCACCCCAUCUUCCGAUCCAUCAACUUCAAGAGGCUGAAAGCUGGCAGGCUGAAGGCCCCCUUCACCCCUGAUCCCCAGGCCAUUUACUGUAAGGACGUGCUGGACAUCGAGCAGUUCUCCACGGUCAAGGGGGUGGAGUUGGAGCCCAAAGAUGACUCAUUCUACUGUAAAGUGUCCACAGGCAGCGUGUCCAUCCCCUGGCAGAUGGAGAUGAUCGAGUCCGAGUGCUUUCAGGAGCUCAACGUGUUUCAUACGGACGGGACAGUUCCCCCGGACCUGGACUGGAGAGGGCAGCCCUCGCCAACUCCUAAACAGGGGCUGCUACAGAGGCUUUUUGGGAGACAGGACUGCUGUGGGAACUGCAGCGACAGUGACGAGGAGCCCACCAGGCUGUGACUGAGCACCCUCCUCCCAGCCUCACCAAGGAUCUCAUUUGUUUACAAAUUUUGCACAUUUGUAUUUUAAAAUAGUUCUAUAUAAAUAUUGGAAUGUAUAUUUUCAAUAUAUAGCCAUAAAGUCCAUGUUAUUUAAAUGUAAUCAUGAUUCAGAAUCAGUCCACAUUUUCAUGCGAGGCAACAACUGCUAAGUGACCAUACUGCC